AUGACUUGAGAGAGAAAAAAGUCUGGCUGGAUUUUUAUUUCAGAAUGCCUAGUAAGCGAACCGACUGAUGUGAAUCGAUGUAUUGUUACUGAUAUCAAAUGAUACUUUUGACUCGCACUUCCUGAAAGACUCUGGGCCCUUCCAAAUGUUGACUGUUCCGCACCGUAAGCAACGAGCUACCACCGCUGCUGCUUGCAGAAGCUGUAAUCGGUGCUGUGUGCUCUCUAGACCGAUACCGCUUGCUGGUGCGCAGUCAAAACAGCGCGGAGGCAGCAACGCGCCUGCGGUUACAGCCCCAUUCACGCCUCCCGGCAUGAAUGAACGAACGGAGCCGCCUCUUUCCUGAAUGGCGCCUUUUCCGCUGAGUGGAUUGGCUAUCGAGCCCACGCCUCAUUUGCAUAUCCCUCCGAUAGGCUGGAGGAGUAGGGACACGGCGCGCGGGUUUGAAUUUUAACCGAGCGGGGUUAGAGGCGGCCCUUGCCUGCUGCAGUUAUGGCGGAGCUGGUGAGCCCCGGGAAGAUGGAGCAGUGCCGGAGUUAUGUGUCCCAAGCCAAGCAAGAGGCCCAAAAUGGGAAUCUGGAGGAAUCCAUCCGACUCUUCAGACUGGCACAUGAAAUCCGUCCCAGUGAGAAGCUGAAAACCUACAUAAAGAAGCUAGAGGAUGCAUUGGGAUCUCUGUCCCUGGAGCAGGAGGAUGACGGCUUUGUGGAUGUAUGUCUGAGUGGUCUGAUGCUCUAUGGAGAACUGUACGACAAACUCUUUGACCACCAGAGGGAAGGAGUUGCCUUCUUCUACCAUUCGUACCAAGAAGGACGGACGGGCAGCAUAUUGGCGGAUGACAUGGGCUUGGGGAAAACCAUUCAGAUCAUCGCCUUCCUCUCAGGCAUGUUUGAUUCGAACCUCAUCAGGUCCGUGUUGCUAAUUAUGCCGACGACCCUAAUUGGCAACUGGAUGAAAGAGUUUUCCAGUUGGACACCAAAUAUGAGAGUGAACGACUUUCAUGGGACCGACAAAGCUAAGCGCAACCGGAAUCUGGAGCGUAUCCAGAGAAAGAAAGGCGUCCUGCUCACGACAUACAACAUGCUCCUGACUAACUGGCAGCAGCUUUCUACCUUUGGUGGGAAGGAGUUUGUUUGGGACUACAUCAUCCUUGAUGAAGCACACAAAAUUAAAUCUCCUUCUGCAAAGACGACAAAAUCCCUGCAGUGCAUCCCUUCCCGAAACCGGAUUCUCCUCACAGGGACCCCGGUGCAAAACAACCUGAAGGAACUCUGGGCCCUCUUUGACUAUGCUUGUCAGGGCUCUCUUCUCGGCACCAACAAAACCUUCCGGGUGGAGUAUGAAAAUCCGAUCACCAGAGCCAGGGCAAAGGAUGCCACCCCAGGAGAGAAGGCCCUGGGGCUGAAGAUAUCAGAGAACCUGGUGUCCAUCAUCAAACCCUAUUUCCUGCGGCGGACUAAAGAUGAAAUACAGAAGAAUCGGAAGCCUCAACUUGAAGCCAACCUCCCUGGAGACCAAAGCAAAGAUGCUUGUAAGAAGGCUCCGGUAAUUCCUUCUCUUCCCAGAAAAAACGAAUUCGUUGUGUGGAUAUACUUGGCACCCACCCAAGAAGAAAUAUAUAGGAACUUCCUGUCCUUGGAGCACAUCAAGGAGUUGUUAAUGACUACCCGGUCCCCGCUAGCUGAGCUUAAUGUCUUAAAGAAGCUCUGUGAUCACCCCCGACUGCUGUCGGCACGAGCCUGCAGCCUUCUUGGACUUGAAGCGUCGGAUUAUUCUGAACCGGAUGGUGGUGAAAAUGAAGCAAAUGGCGGUUGGGACAUGAACAGAGAAAUCGAACAUGUUUCUGACGAGAUUCUGAUUAAGGAAUCUGGAAAGUUGUCUUUCCUCGUAAGCCUGCUGGGAAGACUGCAGGAAGAAGGGCAUAGAACUCUAGUGUUUUCUCAGUCAAGAAAAAUGUUGGAUAUUAUAGAGCGUGUCUUAACUCGCAGGCACUUUAAGCUGGUGCGUAUUGACGGAACAGUGAUUCAUCUGGUGGAACGAGAGAGGAGGAUUAGCCUGUUUCAGACUAACAGAAAUUAUUCCGUCUUUCUGCUCACAACACAAGUAGGGGGGGUUGGAUUAACAUUAACUGCUGCUACCAGAGUGGUGAUUUUUGACCCCAGCUGGAAUCCUGCUACUGAUGCUCAAGCUGUGGACAGGGCUUACCGGAUUGGGCAAAAAGAGAAUGUGGUGAUCUACCGGCUCAUUACCUGCGGCACAGUGGAGGAGAAGAUCUAUAGAAGGCAAGUCUUCAAGGACUCGCUAAUUCGGCAAACGACCGGUGACAAAAAGAAUCCGUACAGGUAUUUCACGAUGCAGGAAUUGAGGGAGCUUUUCACCCUGGAAGAUACUCGCUGUUCACCAACCCAACUCCAUCUGCAGUCCCUGCAUGGCACCCAAAGGAAAACGGAUACCCUACUUGAUGCUCACAUUGCUUACCUCCACAUGCUGGAAAUCUUUGGCAUCUCCGACCAUGACUUGAUGUACACACAUGAAGUGGGUCAUGAGGACAAAGCUGAGAAUGAGGAAGCCCAUCAGUACAUUGAGCAUAGGGUACAAAAAGCCCAAGAGCUGUUACAGCUAGAAUCGCAACUGAAAGACAAACUGAUGGAGAAUGUUAGAAACACCACGGAAGGAGCAUGGCGGAGAGAAAUGGAACCUUCUAACCAAGCAAAGAAAAAAUCUGCCCCACCUCAACACAUUGACUCUCUUCUCCCACCAGUACAUGCUGAACCCACAACCAAGGAUGAUUCUGUCAUUCUCAUAAAAGAAACUGAUGGCCAUAGUAUCCUCAGUAUUAGCUCUAAAAUGGGCAGUCUAGUUAUUGAUGACUCUGAAGAUGAUAGAGUUCUUCAGAAUAUAUCUAAUAUGGAUACAUCCCUCCUCAAGAAUGAAUACCACCAGCAAGCCAACAAACAAGAGUAUAAGCAAAAUCCUGAUCUAAGCAGCAGAUCCUCUCUUUGUCAAGCCCGCUCAUUAUCUGAGAAGAACUGUAGUCCUGAACCACAAAUUCUCUCCUGUAGUCCACCUGCCAAAGCAGAUAGCCACUUGAAUGAUGUCCACAUGAUAUCCUUGCAGCAGUCACCUGCAUAUGUCUCUGGUGAUAACCAGAAUCUCCCAACGGAGACAAAACUAUCAUUCAGUGUUGUUACAUGCCCACAGGGAGAGGCCAGUGAAAUUGCUGACCUAGAUGCUCCAGCAGCAUUUAUACUUGAAGCUAGUAAACUCUCACAGGGUAGUGCACAGGUGAGUGAUAUUCUGCAUUCCGUGUCUGUUGCCGGUUCUCCCCUAUACCAGGCUGAUUUCCGCCUUGUCUUAGAAGAUUCCGAGGAUGGACGGCAAUCGGAAAAGGAAAUGUCAUUGUGUUCGGAGAGCGCGCACAGCAGAUUUCGGCUGCAGUUGAAUAGCCUCUGUAGCUCUGUUGGAAGGCCCCAGUCUAGAGACAGUAUUAUGGGCUCUCUUAUCCUGGAUGGCUCCAGUGCAGCAUGUGAAGACUUGACGGGCAAUAGUGACGUUUCUUUUGUGCCUAAAAAGAAACCAAUUAGAAGAAUUUUUUCUGACAGUGAAGAGGAGGAGGAGAAUCCUAUCAUUGACCUGGAUGUAAGUGAGAAUCGGGAAGUUCCUCUCUUGAACAACCCAAGUGGAAUCUUUAUGUCAACCCCUGAACCCAACCACCUGCUAGAGGACCUUUAUUUUUCUCCAAGGAUAAAAAUUGCCGGAAGGAGGUCAACUGCUUCUAGAAGAUCUCUUGCUGGUGUGUUCUUAAAUCAAAUGGAAGACAUGAGAGAAACUGUGGGAGCUGCCCAUGAUGUUUCUCAUGAAAGGUCUUUGGAGGAUAACCUUCCAAGAGAACUAACCCAAGAGUUCAGUGGCCAGGAUGGGGAGAUUGAUGAGGAGUCAUUGGGUGAAACACUAGAUUCCGAGGAGGAAGAGGGAUCCUUCCUUGAUACAGACUCUCCUGGGGAUAGUUGUGCUUAUUUUGAAGGAGUAAAGACUUGAAAAGGGUCUCUCUUGCCCACCCUGCCCAACUAUUUGAAGUUCUGGGUGAAAAGAUAGAACAAUAUUCUGCAAUUUUUGAACUGUUUAGAGAUAUUAAAGUGUUGGGUGCUCACAUUUGUAGGAAGCAAGGGGAAAACGAGAGAAAAAUCACAUUUUGAAGUAUUAGUUAUUUGUUACACACCUAUUGACCAUGUUAUGCAUACAAAGUAUUGGGUUUAGGGUGGCUGUAGCACAUCAGAUGCUAGGGAGUGGGAAGGUGGAUCUUCUUAUUACAAGAAAUGGUCUGUUUGUUAAGACCAGUUUGUUUCCCU